AUGACAGUUGGGCACCUAUUGAUUGCUCGAAUUACCGAAGGUUACCACCGGCUCUGGUCUCACCGAUCAUAUCACGCAUGUGCGUCACUCCGAUACAUCCUCGCUGUGCUUGGGGCUGGCCAAUUCCAGUGGUCCAUCAUCUGGUGGGUUCGACAUCACAGGGCACAUCACCGCUACCUUGACUCUGACAAGGAUCCUUAUAAUGCUCGACGAGGACUUUUCUAUUCCCACAUUGGCUGGCUCAUUGGAUUUACUCCCGCCACGUGGGGUCCGGUUGAUAUUGCGGAUGUAGAAUGUGAUCCCGUGGCAGUAUGGCAACAGCGGUAUUAUGCUAUCCUCGCUCCUUUCGCAGGGCUCGUGGUUCCAACGUAUCUAGCGCAGUUAAUUUGCGAGGAUUGGCAAGGUGGACUUUUGUAUGCCGGACUCUUUCGGUCAUACAUACACGCACACAUGACGUUUUUGGUCAACUCGCUUGCACAUUGGUCUGGGAAUCAGCCAUAUUCUACUAGUCAUACCGCACGUGAUAAUUUCUUCUUGGGACUUUUGACGUCUGGUGAGGGAUACCACAACUUCCACCACCGGUUCCCAUCCGACUACCGAAAUGGAGUGCACUGGUAUGCCUUCGAUCUCAGCAAAUGGGUUAUUUGGAUGUGCGAAAGACUUUGCCUGGCAUCGCGGGUCACACGGACACCGCAAGAGCAUAUCGAAAGAGCACGCAACUACUCUGUUUUGGGGGAUGCUUCAACAGUUCCUCAAAACAGAGAUUAUCAGCUUGACAGAGACCGGCAAUGUAAUAUGGCUUGGGCUGAUUACCUUGAAAAAACACGAGCCGGGUGCUGUCUAGUUUGCAUAUCAGGGAUGGUUUACGAUGUCACAGACUUUUUAUAUAGUCAUCCGGGGGGCCAGGAUUUGCUUUAUCACGCCAUUGGCAAAGAUGCUACAUCUCUAUUUGAGUCGUUCCCCCAUUCUGGUUACGUGCGAACUUUGCUGCCCUCGUUGCAAAUUGCCGUCAUCGCUAUUGAUAAUGACACCUAUUGA